GACACCGAGUGACUGAUGUGUUGUGAAGCAAAGGGAAGCAUCACCAUGUUGCCGGGUCACCUACUUAGGCUGCCCGCCUACACCGCUCUGCUGUUUCUUGUGCGCCACGUUUCAGCAGAACGUAAACAGCCGAUUUCCAACGAUCCCCAUCACCAAGGCAAAGGAGCGUUCUGCCCAUUCCUGGUAGAGGUGGGGGAGGGGCACGGCCUGGCGCGUGUCACCCUCCAGGACUACCUUAUAUUCUCCCUGAACCCCAACUUGCCUGUCAUGAGUAUGGAGUUUGUCGGGGACGAUGUGUUGUACAAGGCCACAGUGGACGGCACGAUGGUGCAGCUGUUCAAGUGUGACGUGCACGAGGCCCAGUGUGAAAUGGUGAACGAGGGCGGGUCCAAAAGCAACGACCUCCUGGUGCCAAACAAAUGGAACAAAAUUUACGUGAAGUAUAACAACGGCGAGAUAACCGUGGACGUCAAUAUGAAGGCCAGCGUAAUGGGCGGUCAAGUGACGAUGAGCAAAGAACCCAUCAAGAGCAGCGGCGUCAUGCAAGUGACCUUCAUAGUGCCCCCCGCCACGCCCUCCUACCACGCCACGCUCGAGAUUCCCUGUUCCGACGGGAUGCCAGAGAUACAGACGGAGCUCCCCAUCCUGUCCCCCGCCCCGGUUAGCACCACCACCACAGCCCCACAGCCUUUAGCCCCAUACAAGAAAUGUCCCAUGUAUCGGGUGGAGAUGAAUCAUCCUUCGGUCCCUGCUCCUGUGUUUAACAACCUAACAUUGGCACUGUACCCGAACCACCCUUCACUGCAUCUCAUCAUCGCCAAUGAGAUCCACUAUUUCAAGGUUGAAGUGCAUGGCUCGAGUGUGAAGCUGCUGGAGUGCCAAGUGACGGGCCAAAGAUGCGAGUUCAAGGAUGAAGUUAAGCUUUCCAUCGAACCUAAAAAGUGGAAUUUUGUUACUAUUUCUCUACAGGAUAACAAGAUCCUCGUAAACAUACGAGUGAACGAGGGGGAAGGAAAUGUGCUGAUGGCACAUAUGCCUUCGACCAACCGCAAAGGUCUCACUGUGACCGCUUACGUCCCGGAAGAGUUGCAGAUUUUAGAUGCUCGGUAUUACUCCGUGGCCUACGUCAACGUUAAGUGUGAGAUCAUUGAACAGAGGACGACGUGGCCAGUAUAUACCUUCACCACCACCCCAAAAGGCCUGCCCACCAAUGCACCAAUCGUGGCUACUGCUACGUGUUGUCUGGAAUCUGUGCUGCUUCUAGGGGGAAGUCCUUGUUGAAUAACACCAUCAAGGCUUCUAAAGACUGCCGCACCUGUUAGGGGAAAAAGAGAACCUGUGAAGACGACAACAGAUUUUUUUGUAUCACUUAUUUAUAGUAUUAUUUUCAUGUACAUGUUUGUGAAUGCUGCCUUUUAAAUUCUUUGAUGCAUAUGAAUCUAUUUAUCUUGAUUUGAAUACAAAAAUUCUGUCCUAAGAAAAAUGUUGAAAUCAGAAUGUUAACUAGUACAUUGGCACCUCUACUUAUGAGUUAAAUUCGUUCCAUGACAGACCUCGUAACUCAGCUUGCUUGUGUGUCAAAUCAAUUUUCUCCAGUGAAAUGAAUUGAAAUGCAUUAGUUCAUUUGAGCCCUCCAAAAAACAUCCCAAUUUUUUUGUUACACGUUUUUAAACACAGUAAACCCUCCCACAUGUGUUUGUUAUAUCGAGGGCUGACUGUAAGAAAAUGUAUUUAUAAAUAACUAAUGUUGUAUAAAAACACGUGAAGUGAAUGAGUGAGAUGAGAAAUGCUGGGCAGAGGUUGUCGUGCUCACUGAAGCCAACUGAAGCUUGCUCAUAUCUUGGAUUUUGGCUUGCAACUCAAAGCGAAAAACUUGUUCCAGCAGCAGCUUGUAUCUUGAAAAACUCCUAAGUUAGGGCACUCGUAAGUCGAGGUAGAACUGUAUAUUAUACAACAUACUACACGUUUUCAAAGUAGGCAUAGAUGAAGUUUUCAUCAAGCCCUACAACUCAGUAGUAGUACAGUUAUAGGCACAGAAAAUAAAAAAGGUAAUUUCAUUACAAUUUCUGCUAAAGUGACAAAGUCUUCUCUCUUUAAAGCAAAGAUGACACCUAGGAUUUAAUUAUCAGCAAUUUCAUCUUCAUUCUCUUAGGUACAUGUUGUGGAUAAAGGAUAUUAAUUUUAUUCCUGUCUUUGCAUUCCCUCUUUGCAUACUUUAAUCAUCUCAUUCUCAUUUUCUUUCUUUCCUCUCAUGUAUCCUAAUACUUUGUCCUCCAAUUUCACUGAAGGUCUUGCAUUUACUACCAUCCUUAUAUUUGCUCCUUUAGUCUUUUUAUUCUCUGCAAUUCUUCUUGUGCUGCCAAACCACCUUAUUGUGCUGCACUUGAGCCCCUCAUUCACUCCACAUUUAAUUUUUUGACUUAACAUGCUAAAUAUGUUGUACACACACACACACACACACACACACACACACACACACACACACACACACACACACACACACACACA